AUGCUCCGCCUCCUCCCCCCACGUGCUGCAGCCCGCGUGCCAGCAGCCGCCCGCGCCUAUGCGACUGCCCCCCGCCAAGACUUGCCGCCAAAACGGCCACGGUUCCAGCCGCCUCGCACCAGAUCCAGCACCAACCGCAAGCCGCGCCUCCCAUGGGUCCUCAAGACCCUCACAGAGUACAAGGCCGAGAACCGUGUGCCCUCGCCGCUCGCGUAUAUCAACAUCAUCGAGGCCGCCAGCGAGUUUGCUUGCUCGCACAGCGUCGACGGUGGACAUUCGGAGGGUAUCGGAUUCCAGGUCGCCAUGGCCGCCUGGGAGGACGCAAGACGGGGCGGGAUAGAACUAGGACAAAAAGGCCUCGAUGCCAUGAUGGGCUUUGCCGCCGUCUACCCUCAUCUGCUGCCAUCUCUACUCUUGUACAAUCAGGAUCGCCAAACUCCCACCUACAACGCCAUUGCCCGGGUCGCCCAGACCAAUUACGAACUGGAAGAAAUAGUACGGGUCGUGGACGAGAUGUUCAAGCAGGGUCUGUCGCCCAACUCGGCCACGAUCAGACACACUGUCCGCCUCGCUUGCGAGUGGGGGCACCCACGUCUGGGUCUGCAGAUUGCUCAAAAAGCGGAGAGCGAAUCCACUUUUGGCUUCCGACUGGACCCGCAAUCCUGGGUGCACAUCCUUAUCGCCAGUGCUGACAACCAUUACCUGCAUGGUAUUGAAACAGCCUGGGAGCGUGUCAGGACGAGCUACACCCCUGACGAAGGCCUCAUUAUUUCAAUACUCAACACAGCAGGCCGAUGGGGCAGGCCAGACAUCUCGUCUGAUUUCCUCGGUCUUCUCCCAGGCCCUCCCCAAGAACACCAUCUCGCUCCCCUUCUCGAAGCUUUCUGCAAUGCAGGAGAAGUCCCCAACGCCUUCCAGGUUCUCAGCACCAUCCGAGACGCCGGACUAGCACCCAGUUUGGCGACGGCGCAACCGAUCGUCGCUGUCUUGCAGAAUACCGAGGUCAUUGAUCAAGCGUUCUACACGCUAGAGGACAUGCACAGCGCGGGGCAAGCUAUUGACGUUGUCGCUCUGAAUGCCAUCAUUGAAGCCAGUGUCAAGGUGGGCGACUUGCAGCGCGCCAGAGCAACCCAGAUGGCCGCGGGCGAUCUUGCAGUGUCUUGUAACAUUGACUCUUUCAACUUGGUUCUGCAAGGCUGCGUGGACAGCAAACUUCGGACCCUCGGUGACACGCUUCUCUCGGAAAUGACUGUUGACGGGAUCACACCGAAUGCCACCACGUACGAGCUCGUCAUUGAACUUUGUGCCACCCAACCCUCGUACGAGGACGCCUUCUACUAUCUCGAGAAGAUGAAGGGUGAAGGCUUCAAGCCCUCAAGCUCUAUCUACGAGGUCCUUGUCCGCAAGUGUGUAAAGAUGAACGAUCGGAGGUGGUCGAUGGUGGUGGAUGAGAUGAGGGCUGUGGGCCACAAGGUGGAUACAAGUCUCCUCGCCUUCAUCAACAGCGGAGGGAGCGACGACAGGAAGAGGGACCCGGCGAGAGAAAGGCGAGCAAAGGACCAAUUUACCGGUUCGAAGAGGCGUAGCUGGCAGACGUCCGGUGCAGACAAGUCAAAAGGACAGUAA